CAGUGCCCGGUGCCUAGCCUGAUGUGCCUCUGUCCGCUGCCCAGCCUGAUGUGCCUCUGUCCGCUGCCCAGCCUGUUGUGCCUCUGUCCGCUGCCCAGCCUGAUGUGCCUCUGUCCGCUGCUCAGCCUGAUGUGCCUCUGUCCACUGCCCAGCCUGAUGUGCCUCCGCCUGCUGCCCAGCCUGAUGUGCCAGCCCCUGAUAUUCUGCCAGAUGACUCGGUGCCUGCUGCUCCGCCUGAUGGCCCGGUGCCCGUGCCCUGAUGCCUCUGUCCGCUGCCCGCCUGAUGUGCCUCUGUCCGCUGCCCAGCCUGAUGUGCCUCUGUCCGCUGCCCAGCCUGAUGUGCCUCUGUCCGCUGCCCAGCCUGAUGUGCCUCUGUCCGCUGCCCAGCCUCAUGUGCCUCUGUCCGCGUGCCCAGCCUGAUGUGCCUCUGUCCGCUGCCCAGCC